AGCACUGAACAAUGGCAGAAGGAACACACGAACACGAUGUAAAUCUCAAAGAUAUAUUUGAUGAUAUUUUUGAUUAUCACAAAUCAAUUGAAGACAGCAGUGAACCAACAAACUCAACAGGUGUUCAGUCCAAAGUAAAAAAUGCAAUAGGUUUGUGUCAGAGGGCUAUUUUUAUGGUCAACAAACUGCGACUGUUUAGUGACAACGAAGACAUUGAAGAAGUAUCCACGAAUGAAAUCAGGUAUAUGCUUCUUUCAGCCUAUUUAGGAUAUUUUACUCUGAAAAACACAUCAGAAGACAGGAUAAAUGUAGUCAAGCUAGGGGAGCAUUAUAUCAAAGAUUUCUUGCACUUGUGCCAGUCUUACUCAGUCUGCCAGAGACUGAUUCCUAACCUGGAGGAAUCAGAAGAUCCAGCACAGGGAGACAACUCUGCAAAACCAUCAAGCAGACCACCUGAUCUGAAUGCAAUGAAACGAGAAAGAGAGGAAAAAAUUAGGCGGUAUAAAGAAAAACAAGCCACAACAACUCGGCUCAAAGAAUUAAGUGAAGCUGUAAAACAAAGUCAUGUUGAUGAAGAAGUAAAGAGGGAGUAUUACAUGACACUGUUGACGCAAUGGGUACAUACAAGUGUUGAGGAACUGACCAGUAUUAAAGAUGAAUUGCCUAUUCUGGAGCAUAUGGCCAAGUUAAAAAUUGGUGAGGCUUCUGCGAAAAAAGAAGUGGACAAACCCCUCAAACAGCCUUUCCGACCGUUCAUUCUAACCAAGAACAAUAUGCAGAAGGAGGUGUUUGGGUUAGGUUACCCUGCUGUGCCCACCAUGACCAUUGAAGAGUUCUAUCAGAAGAAAGUAGACGAUGGCACUUUCCAGUUACAUAGUGAAAGUUUACAAGACUGGGCGAUGAACCCAGAGAAAACAGCAGCUGCUGUGGAAGAGGAAGAGGUGGAGAAGGAAGAGAAGAUAGAACGUGAUGAUCCUGUGACGAUCAUCAGAGAGCGGAACUGGGAUGAGUGGAAGGAUGAUCACAGACGAGGUUGGGGAAAUCGUCAGAACAUGGGUUAGGAGUGGAACUUCUACAGACCUGUGCACACUAUAUUUAUCAAUCGACCAGGCUAUUUAUUGGACAGCUUCUU